GAAAAGAAGCAUUCAGUCCAAAGUUCUCUCUCCCAACUCCCUAUGCCUAACAAGAUGCUGAAGGCAAUUCUGUGGAUGGAAGCAGCAGUGCUCUUCGGGGUGGCAGGGACAACGACGGUAAAAGCGAGACCGGAGUACGCCCACAGCCGCGUGGUGGGCGUGCAGCAAGGGCUCUGGACUGUGCCUUCCAACCAGGUGUUCCUGCGUUACAACUUCUCCGAGCGAGAGAGCAAGCCUGUCCCGACGCUUUUCAAUUAUACCAUCUGCUACUGGAUCAGAGGCGAAAGAUCCACGUCACUUUUCGUCCACGUUUCUUAUGCCGUGAGUGACCUGGAUGCCAACAACAUCCUACUGUAUCAAGGACACGAUCGCCUCCUCGCUUUCAUCAACGGCGUCUACCAGAGCAGUACACACGCACGCGAGUUCCCCUUCGUGCCCGGCGUCUGGCAUCACCUGUGCCAUGUGAUAGAAGAAGAGGACUAUGCCUUUUACUGGGGAGGGAAGGAAUUUUUGAGCGGGUCGUUGGUAGGAGUUCCUGGAGCGCCGCUGAAUGGAAGUCUGGUCAUUGGCCAAGAACAAGACAGAUACGGAGGAAAAUUCGACAAGUAUCAGGCUCUGUUCGGCGAAAUCGGUCAGCUGAACGUCUGGGAUCGAGCGCUGGCACCCGCGGAGAUCGGGCACAUGGCGGCUUGUCGUGGUUCAGUCCGAGGAAACGUUUUCAGCUUGGACACGGCGGAUAUGGAGGUCGUUGGAAACGUUUCGGACACUAGGGUGGAACUCGGCCACUUUUGCAGGGAGACGGUACACUACGUUGUGCUGUCAGAGUGGCUGACUUUCCCGACAGCCUUGGCGCUGUGCCGGCUCAUUGGGGGUACCAUGCCAGCGCCGUCCUCAAGCCACGGUAAUGAUGUCCUUCUCAAGAACGCCAAGCCCUUCAUGGACAGCUGUACACCUGAAUCUAAUUGGAAAUACUGGCUCGGGAUUGUCAAAAACAAGGAGAGCGAUACUUGGGUCAAUAUCGAGAGCGGCGAGGAGGCGAAGUACCUCAACUUUGCAAAGCCGUAUCCAAUGAGGGCCGAUAUGUACCAGUGCGUGGUGCUCUUAGAUGAUGGUACUUGGGCGAAUCACCGGUGCAGCCUCAAGAAAUGCGCGAUUUGCCACCUCCCGACGCCCAGUCUUCUGUACCUCAGGGGCUUCUGCUUCGACAUAGAUUAUCAGAGGAAAUUCCGGGUGGAUAAGUAUUUUGGCGGGCGUCUGGUGUUCCGCGGCCAUGAGGAUCUUUUCAUCUUCUGGAGUGAAGGAGACGAAUCGUGGCACCUGCAUGACAUAGACCGAAAUGUGACCUUGGCUCGAACGGAACAAGUCGGACACAACAGCUAUCCUGUGGGGACUCAUCGCUGGGUGGCCGUCGAGCAGAUCUGCGACAUGCAGAAGGGAAGUGUUUUUGAAAUGAUUCUGUCAAAGUGCACGGACGACCUUUUCGUGUGCUCCUCGGGAGACUGUAUCGAGCGAAGUCUUCGCUGUAAUUUAUGGAAUGAUUGUUCAGACGGCAGUGAUGAAGAAAAUUGCGACGUUGUUGCAAUCGGGAGUAGUUACCAGCCCCAUCUGCCUCCCCGAGGACCCACGGACGCUGCACUCACCCUCACGCCCACUGUGACGCUGUCCCGCAUUGCCAAAAUCGAUGAGAUCGCCAUGUCCGUCACGCUCGAGUUCUUCACAACUCUGGCCUGGCGCGACGAGAGGCUCAGCUUCCGCCACCUGACGCCCGGGAAGGAGACGCCGAUCCCGGCAACGCAAGCGGAUAGAAUGUGGAUUCCUGACUUCCAGCUGCUGGACCUCGAGGGAGGGCAGCCCAAGGUCCUGGACGAGAAGGUCAUGAUCACUACUGCUAACAAUGCUACUUUGCCCAUGUUUAACAGCAUAGAGAGAGAUCUGACUUACCCCGGGACAGAAAACGACCUCACAAUGACUCGCCAGUUCAGCGCGAAGUUCACCUGUUUGUUCAAUCUCCACGUCUACCCCUUCGACAAGCAAGAGUGCAGCAUCAACCUCCGGCUUUCCCGCGCCUACCAGGACCGAGUCAGCUUCUCGCGCGAGGGCUGGAGAGGGACCUACACCGGGCCAAAAGAACUCGCUCUCUACACGGUCAAGGGCGUGGCGUUUCGAAUCAUGAACGACCCGCGAACUGAACUUAGUCUUUGCUUCGAACUCCAUCGCCGGCAGGGAGUGAUCCUGCUCUCGACCUUCGUACCGUCGGUGCUGCUCCUGCUGGUGAGCUGGGCUGCGCUCUUCCUCGAGGAUCUGAACGUGAGUGCGAAUCUGUCUCUCACGAACCUCCUGGUGCUGUAUACUCUCUUUUCCAAUUUGCUGCGCUCCGUCCCCGACACCGCCGCCGUUAAGAUGAUCGACAUUUGGUUCUUCUUCGCCAUAAGCCUUCUGUUCCUCAACAUCAUGGUGAUAAUCUUUAUCGACUACGCCGCCAGCUUCUUCCUGCACGCCCAAGCAGGAGAAAGCGCCAAGGACACAAGUCUCGAAAAGAAACGCGUUAGGAUUAUGUCUCUGUAUAGAUCAGUGAUUCCUUUUGCAUUCUUGGCUUUUAAUGUCACUUAUUGGUGGUUAGUAGUAUUUGUAUACAAUUAAUUGCACAUGUUUUGGAGACGAUAAAUCUAACACUGAAUAUGUUAUCUUGUCACUGAUCAGAACAGAUUAGAUACCUUUCACUUGGAAAGUUCUUUUUUACGGUCACUCAGGUAGCAUUGUUUCAAUAUGAAAAUCAUUUUACAUUUGGAACUCCCAGAUACUACUGAUAAAAAGAAUAAUGAAUUGUGUGCCUUUCAAAGAAGGAAAAAUGUAGGAUCUGAAAUGUUCUAACAUCUGAGAUAUAUAUGAAUUCCUAAGAUUAUUUUAACUGCAGAUAACACUCCAGCCGCAUAAACACUAUCACAAAUUUACUAAUGAUUAAUAAUACUUGUUAAA